UUGCAGUCCGGAUAGCCCACUUCCACACCGCACCAGUCUAGACAACCAGAAGCUGUGGAUCAAUAAUAACAUGAGAUCUACUCAGAUGGCAAGACGCAGAUUAAAUGUAUUAAGGACACAAGGUAAGGAGACAUUAACAAACAGCUGACACCUUCAGGAACACCUCGAAAAACUGUAAAUCUCUAAGAUAAGUAUUAUGUAUCUCUUGUUCAACAUGCUGUAUGAGUUUUAUUUCAUUUAUGAAAGUCUACUUGUCAUACACCUGUUCGUAUUUCCAUAUUCCGUAUUUACUACUUCGGUUGGUGUCCAUAUUUCCGAGUUUACGGCCAGUCCCUGAAGGCAACACCGUUCCACCCCAAAGAAUCAACGCAGAAGUUUGAAGCUUCCGCCUGAAAACUGAAUUAAAGAGCACCGGAAGUUCCCUGAAGCUCCUUUAGGUUCACGAUCUUCACCAGGAGACUCUCAGCAUCACGUGUAAAGCUCGUGACCUCUGACCUUCGCCAUGGCGUCCACGUCCAUCACCGCCGUUGGAGGAGUGGUGACCGUCACUCAGGUCAUUCCGCAGGACUCCUCCCCCAAGCGGGCCACGCCCACUUUCCCCGCCUCUAAGAUGGACGACAUGACGGCCGCCUUCCUGCGGGGGGAGCCGCGGGGCCUCGGGAUGGUCCAGGUGUCCGUGGGCCUGCUCUGUGUUCUCUUCAGUCUGACCUCCCUCUUCUCCCCGACCCUCGUCCCCCACGCUCCGCUCAGCCUCGCAGUCAUCCUUGUUGUCUCUGGCUCGAUUGCCGUGGCGACGGCGAAGCAGCCUUCAGUCGGAUGGUCUCUGUGUGCUCCGGGUCCAGGUCUGGGGUCUCUGGUCUCGAGCCUGGUCAGCGCCCUGCUGGGCCUGGGGGGCGUGGCCUAUCUGUGCUGGCUGCUGGCGGAGGGCCCCGCCUCCAAACUCCUCUGUGACAGCGAUGCCUUCAGGCUCUCCGGGCCGCAGGAGACUCGAUGCAGGCAGAACUUGACCAUUCUCAAUGUGUGUGUUUACGGACUUCAGGGUGUGCUCCUGGUUCUGCUGGUCCUGCAGGUCUGUGUCACCGUCACCGUCUCCGUCUUCUCCGUCAGAGCCCUCCAACGCCGUGACGCCUACCCCGCCUUCAAGGUGGAGGUCGGCGACGAUGACGUCGUCCUGCUCGACAGCCAAUGAGAGGAGAGCUGCAGUACUACCACUACUGGUACUCUACUGGUAGUACUACAGUACUACCAGUAGAGUACUACAGUAGAGUACCCUCACGCUGUCAUUAUACUCGUCAAUCAUCUUUCCGUGUUUCUCUCUCCGACUCUGACGGCAAUAAAUCUAAAAGAGCAUUAUUUACUUACUAUUAUUAGUGACUGUUGUAUGUAAACAUAAACUUCCUCAUGUGAUCCUAGUUUCUCUCUUGAAGGUCAAAUCUAAAUCUCCGUGAGUCUGCAGCUCUUCAGCACAUUUAUUUACCACAGAAAAAAAAUCUGAUUAAUAAUAAUAUUAGGAUGUGAAAUAAAAAGGGAAAAAAACCAAACGACAGGGUUUAAACAAAGUAAAGGUUUAUAAAUAUUAUAUAUUAUAUAUAUAUUGAAUUGUUAUUAAAAUGUGUAAAUAUUCCCAAAAGGUGGGUUUUGAAUAUGAGAUGAAGAAGCUUCUCUUAUUUGUCUGUUUUUACUUUGAUUCAAUAAAUUGGUGAUUUAUUUUU